AUGGAGAGUGAUAAUAUGGGUUGCAUAGUUCUCACAACAUUGAUGGUUGGUGUUUUGGCCAUUUAUGGGUUGCUAAAGAAGGCAAAUCAAUGGUUUUUUAUGAGGAAUUUAGAUUUAAAACAAUGCACUAAUCUCCCUCCUGGUAACCUUGGUUGGCCUUUCAUUGGAAAUAUGAUGCAUUUUGUCAAAUGUUCCAAAUAUGGUGAUCCUAAUUCAUUCAUCUCUUCCUUUGCCAAGAGGUCUAGUAUUUUGCUUCCUAAUUUCAUAUUACCGUAUGGUGAUGAAGGUAUGUACAAAUCACACUUGUUUGGAUAUCCAAGCAUUGUUGUCACAACAGCAGAAACAUGCAAGAAAGUGUUGAUGGAUGAGGAACAUUUCAUGUUGACUUUCCUAAAAUCAGUGACAGAUUUAAUAGCAAAGAAAAUAUAUAUUGGACUUUCAAUUGAACAACUAAAAAUUCUAAGAAAGAUAACAGUUGGUUCAAUUGCUAGUCAUGAGGCAUUGUCACAUUAUGUUGACACUAUAAAGGAUGUUGCUAUUACUACAUUGGAUAAAUUGUCUACCAACAAUACUAAUAGUGAACCAAUUGAGUUGUUGGCUGAGAUGAGGAAAUAUUCAUUACAAGUCAUUAUGUCUAUAAUUUUGGGUGAUGAUGAAAUUGAUCAGAAUUGGUUUGAUAUGUUACAAAAAGAGUUUUCUGUUCUUUGUGAUGUAGUUUUUGUUCUGCCUAUCAAUCUCCCUGGAUUUGCUUUCCACAAGGAAGCAAAGGCUAGGGACAAGUUAUGUGUGAUAUUUGAAAAAGUGGUAAAUGAAAGAAGAUUGAAGAAUGAAAGUGGCAAGUCAAAAAUAGCAAAGAGAAAUAUCUUGGAUCAAUUGUUGGCAAGUGAAGAUGAAUAA